GCUUGGGGCUAUCUGCACCACGCCACCCUCACAUUCGCGUUCGUCUCCACACAAUUGGGGGCGAAGAUCGUACGCCCCGCUCAAGUUUUCGUCUGUGUUAUCAAUAUCUAAAAUCUCUUUUCGUACGCCUCCUUCAUGUAUACAUCGCCCCGAGGCGCGGCGCGAAAAUAAGCCCCAGUUGUGUGUUUGUUACGUACUCUGGCGCAGCACGCAGUAGCAAUAUGUUUCCUUAAAUAUAGCCAGCAUUUAUUUAGAAAAGAGACACAACGAUUGAUCACCUUACCUCUUACUACUCAUCACACUCUUCUUUCCAAUUCGCAUCGUCUCACACUGUACUUCCCUUCGAUUCCCGAUAUGAGGACCUUCAUAUCUACUUCAGUCCUUGUCGGUACUCUUCUUUGGUCUGCCAAUGUCUCUGCUGCCAUAGCCUCUCGUCAUGUUAAGGUGCGAGAUGAGCAGCCGUGGUCCAACUCCACUUCUCAGUCCGAUACACAACCUUCAUCCGUCCAGGAAUCACCUAAUCAGAGCACCACGCUACAAGACUGUUCCACCUCGGUAAACAGCGUCGUGUACGUGAGCCAUAUCAUCCCUAACAUUACUACGGUUGCAAGUAGCUUUGUGCCAGGUAGUACUACAGCAUCGGUCAACUGCACACACGAGGACUGUAUGACCUCGGAUGGUCUGCCCAAUCCACCGUACGCAUUCCCGACACCCACCAUAGGACCUCCAAACACGGACCUCCAAAGCGAUAAGCCCAUUCUCAGCACAUCAAUCACAAACUGGAACUCUUCCUUGUCUGCUUGUCAUACCCGAGGAGCAAGCGCGAGUGGUACUUUCGGCGCCGGCAACAGUACUGCUAUGUCUUCGGUGAUGCAGAUAUCUACCACAUUCAUCACGUCCGUGCAGUCAUACUCGUCGUCAUCGUCAAGCGCGGGGAACUCUUCGACUAUAGCUGAUGCUCCAGCACCACCUCCUCCUGAGCCAACGCCUACACCGCCUGAGCCAAUUCCCACACCCCCAACCCCACCCACCAAAGCACUCUCCAUCAUUCUCCGCAAAGAAGUCCACCACGGCUCCAACAAAAACUCGUGGACCUUCUUCCCUACUACCGUCGGGGCGCAAGCAGACGGAUGCGACAAGCCCCUCUUGCAAGCGCACAGUUGGGAGUCGCCCAAAGACAGGGAAUCGCCUCCCUGGCCGCGCGGCAACUUCACCAUGCGGCUGUUCGGCGAAGCAGGGUGCACGUAUUCCAAUAAAGGAGAGGGUGCGGGGGUCCUGCGCUGUCCGAGCAUGGCGAAAGAGGUAGAGUGUCAAGAAGAUGGGGAGAAGGGGGAUGGACGGGAGGUUACGCAGUGUGUUUGGUCGCCGGGGUUGGCGAGGGUGUUUCAUCGGGUUGCGUUUUGUGAGUGGUAGAGGAUGGUGUCUUUUGUAGAAGAGGCUUUCAUGGUGUUGAGGUUUUGCACAUCUUGUAUCUCUAUGUGAAGGUGCCGCUUGUGUUCUGAGGGAGAAGCCAUGUGUGCUUGCGCUGCAGGGGAGAUGAGAGAAUAGUACACUGUCCUUGUCCUAGAAAAUCAAUCGGAUUCUACCCA